AUGAGUGGAGCCAUAAUCUACAUAAAAAAAGACCUCAACAUCAAUGAUGUACAAGUGGAAAUUCUAGUAGGAAUCCUCAAUCUCUAUUCUCUUUUGGGAUCCGCCGCCGCUGGCCGGACUUCCGAUUUGAUAGGCCGCCGGAGCACUAUGGUGGUAGCGGCGGUAAUCUUCUUAAUAGGAGCACUCUUAAUGGGUUUCGCUCCUAAUUAUGCCUUUCUCAUGUUUGGCCGUUUCAUCGCCGGCAUUGGCGUCGGCUACGCUCUCGUGAUCGCUCCCGUUUACACUGUCGAAGUGUCGCCGGAAUCUUCUCGAGGAUUUCUCACUUCUUUCCCUGAAGUUUUUAUUAAUGGAGGUAUAUUGUUGGGAUAUGUGUCUAAUGUUGCGUUUUCAAAACUCCCAAUACACUUAAGCUGGCGAUUCAUGUUAGGAAUUGGAGCAAUUCCAUCUGUAUUCUUAGCUAUAAGUAUCAUAACCAUGCCGGAAUCACCCCGUUGGCUUGUCAUGAAAGGUAGACUUCACGAAGCACGAAUUGUUCUUAACAAAACCUCUGAAUCACCUGAAGAAGCAGAGAGUAGACUUCGUGACAUCAAAGAAGCUGCUGGUAUACCUGAACAUUGCAAUGACGAUGUAGUUCAAGUGCCAAAACACCCGAAAGGUGACAAUGUAUGGAAAGAACUAUUCAUUUCUCCUACGCAAUCCAUCAAACACAUAGUGCUCACUGGUAUUGGUAUACAUUUUUUCCAACAAGCAAGUGGAAUUGACUCUGUUGUUCUGUAUAGUCCCACCAUUUUCGAAAGAGCUGGGAUUAAAUCGGACCACGAUAGAUUACUAGCUACGGUAGCAAUGGGAUGUGUGAAGACGGUGUUUAUAUUAGUUGCCACAUUUUUACUUGACCGAGUUGGUAGAAGGCCCUUGUUGUUAACAAGUUUUGGUGGAAUGACAAUUUCAUUAAUUUUACUCUCUAUUGGUCUUGCGGUUAUUGAUCGUUCAAAUAGUCAAGUGACAUGGGCUGUGGCGCUCUGUGUCAUGAUGGUGUCAGUUUAUGUAGCACUUUUCUCAAUUGGUGCGGGUCCAAUUGCUUGGGUGUAUGGUUCAGAGGUUUUUCCGUUAAAACUAAGGGCAACAGGGUUUAGCGUAGGCGUGGCAGUUAAUAGAGUAACGAGUGGGGUGAUAUCGAUGACAUUUUUAUCGUUGGAAAAGGCGAUAACAAUACAAGGGGCGUUCUUUUCAUACGCGGGAAUUGCAGGGAUGGCUUGGGUUUUCUUUUUUACAUUGAUGCCUGAAACACAAGGGAAGACAUUGGAGGAAACUGUGGCGUUGUUCGGAACGUUUUUCGAGUGGAGAUCGACAGCGAGAGAGCUCAAGGGAAAGAAGAUGAAUAACAAUGAUGAAAUUCAGAUGGCUACCGGAGAUGUUGUUAGUAGUUGAAUACCAAAGAGACAAAGGAAAGAAUUUGGGAUAUUGUUGGCAUUGUUGUUUUAACAUUUGUACUUUUUUUUCUUUAAUGUAUAGGUCGAUAUAGAUUAUGUUAUGAGAUAUU